AUGGGACAUGCUAUUCACCAGUUCAAGGCUCUGUUUUGGAAGAAUUGGCUCUGCCGUGUGAGGCAACCGGUCCUGUCUCUCUCUGAAAUACUCUGGCCAUGUGUGCUUUUCUUCAUUCUGGCUGCAAUCCGCUUCCAGGAGCCUCCAAAAUACAAGGAAAACUGUUACUUAGAAGCUCGGGAUUUGCCAAGUCGGGGCCUUUAUCCUUUUGUGCGGACUCUUUUUUGUAAUGUUGGUUCAAGAUGCAGGAAUACCAGUUACACAAUACAGAAAAACAACCGUUUACGUACUUCAGGCUUCCAAGGCGGUCCUGAGAGCUUUAUAGGACCUGAUCUAGCCUUCGUGAAGGAGAUACAAGAUCUUGCAAAGGGAUUUAUUGAGACCACAGAGAAAGUCAUGGCUUUAGAAAAACUGUGGGAGGAAGACUCGAAAUUUUCAGAGAAGAACUGUAAGAUGGAUUUGAAUGAAGCAGAGGAAAUGAUUUCUGGAAUAGAAAACCUGUACAAGCAACCCCAUUUCUGGGACCUUCUGCAUUCACUCCCUCAGCUCAAAUUGAGCAGCUUCUACACAAAAGAUGGGUUAGAAGCAAUAGCACAGUUUCUCGAGGCUAUUAAAAAUACCUUAGCAUCCUUGGAAGAUUUAACUGUGAUGCCUUUGGGCCAGAGUUUCUAUGAAGUGGUGAAAAUAACACUGAAUUUAACUGCCGCAUCAGUGCGCUUCUUGCAAGACAGGAGCUUGGAAGGUUUUCGAUAUAAUCUUUCUCUGUGGGAUGUGUUGUGGGAUCCACAUGCUGUCAGAGUGGAACUUAAAUCCAGGUUUGGUUUUGAUGAUCUUCGUGUUAAAAAGCUUCUGAGUUACACAUCACAGCUACCUGAGAUUCCCACAGAAGAGACACUGGAGCAGUUUGUGUGCUCUGCGCUGUCUAGUGUGCCAGGUGAUGAAGCAAAUGGGGAGAAUGAUGAAGGCUGUAUUUCUGCAUGCCAUGAGACCAAACUCUAUCUUGUCCACUCUGUCAGCAAGCUCAGACUCUAUUCACAGGUACGCUUUAAGUCAGACGAUCAAAUCCGUAUUUUUUGCGGAAUCCUGUAUCUGGAGAGAAUGCAGGCUGCGCUUCAGGCUGUGCCUCAGUGGCCUGCUACAAAGAGAUUGCUUCUCAUAGAUGGAGCUAUAAGGAAUGUAGUAACACAGAAUUCAUAUUUCAUUGAAGUAUUAUAUGGAGCACUAGGAUUCAGAUUGAGAGUUGCUCAGACCCAUAACAGCCAGGAGUUGGUCAGCAAUAUAAUUGUACUGAAGGAUCCCAAUAUAAUUGUACUGAAGGAUCCCAAUAUAAUUGUACUGAAGGAUCCACAGAGAUCUCUUUUAAAAAAAGAAAAAGGGAGGGGGCAAGAAGUUUUACGUAACCUGGAAAAACUGAUUCCCUUUACCCGAAGAGAUGGAUUAAUUCAUCUAGACAUUGAGAAGCUCUUUGUGGAGUUAAAACGGAUGCUGUUGAGAAAUGCUUCCUGUGUAUGCAAUGAUGUGCUUACAAUGUUUGAGAAGGCCCUCAGGCUUCCACAAGGGUCAGAUGGCGUUGACGUUUCAGCAGUAUAUGUGUGCCCUAACAAUGACUCGGAGAUUAUUCUCAAGUUAAGCAACCAGGUCCAGUCACUAAAGGAAUCUGUCUUACUUCUACAGAAAGUAAUUCAGGGACGCCAGAGCAUACCAGAUUCAAGAAUGGAUGACUUUUUGGGAUGGCAAGAAAUAGAAGAGCAGCUAACUGAAAGUUAUGCUUAUUACUGUGAAAUUGAUCAGUUGCUGAGCCCAUGGAUACCGUCGGCGGCAGAGGAUGCCCGUUUCGGCUCUUGUCAGGAACAGCUGUUCUUCUCCCUAAUUAAUAAUACACUUGAAGAAAUUUGGUUUGUGUUUGAGGAAGACCCGUACUGGAAGGAUUUAACAACUUUUGUCAGGUGGCUGUGUGAAGUAGCUCAGUACGUGAAUGAGGAAGUGGGCUCCACAGAUGGACUUGAAGUGGCUCUAUGUUCGGGGCAAAAGCUUCGUCUGAGGACCAUCUUAAGUUUUGCAGAAAUAUUGAAAAAUGACCUAUCAGAUUAUUCCCCAUUUACUUCCUGGGCACGGAUCUUGACAUCUGUCGAAGAGCUUUUGAAGAGAGAAGAAAACUUGUGGAUUUCCGGUGAAAAAGAAAUCACCCAUCUCUUAAACCUUACAGAAUUCAUAGAAGAAAUCACAAUACCUGAUUUCUCAGCCCCAUCAAACCUCCAGUCUCUUACGGAAACUAUCCUGAAUAAUUCAAUUACAUGGAUGAACAGUUUUGCUGAGAGGGAGGAAUCUUCCACAGACUUCUCACCUGCAGUUUCUGAACUCCGUAAUGAACUGCUAAAAAACUUCCAGCUUCUUCAGAGAUUCUGGCAGAAAGAGAAGAUGGCGUUUUUCUGGCAAACAGUGAAAAUGGUGUGCUAUGAACUUUUUUCUAGGCUGUCUUGGUUGAGUCAAAUGGAAGAAGUAGAGGUACUGGAGACCCUAUCUAGAACUAUAUUUUCCAUACCAGAAAAUGAAAAAAUUCUUAAUAGAAGCAUGCUUUUGCUCCAAAAUAAUCUGGCCAACCAGUCAGGGUUAAAUAUUGUUGAUGUGAGCUAUCUAAAACACUUCAAUGAAGACCUCAUAAGAAAUCUCCGUGAGGUUGGAUCAAUGACUGAGGGUCAUGUUAAUACAACUUUCCAUACAAUUCAUGGAGUGAGUAAUGCCUCCUCCUCCUUGCUCUCAAAUGCUACUUUUAUAUAUAAAGUACAAAAGUUAGGAGAAAUUGUAUCUGAUUUCUUCAAAGACAUCCAGAAAUUAAACAGUGGUAGCAUGGCCUCACUUGUUCAAAUACUUUUCUCUGUUUAUCAGAACAUUGAUCUGCUCUUAAAUACUGAGAGCAAUAGCGCUCUGUUAACGCUUCUUUAUGAGACCUCAAAAGAUAUUUUAUCUUUUCAAGCAUGGCAUGGUUUCCAAGACAGGGACAAAGUUUUUGAUCUUCUGUCUGAAACGUUUAAUCUUCUCUGGAACUUCUCUGGGAAGCCUCUCUGUGAAAAGUUAUUAACCAUUUACAACUACACAGAGUUUCAGGCCCAGUCUCUAGCACAGAAAGACAAAGAGAUGCAAGUUGUCUAUAAUACUCUGAGCAGUCUUAAAUCUUUAUUUAUGGAUAAAGAGCUCCAAACAGCGGCCUCUUGUUAUUUAGAAGAAUUCUUUGGUGUCUCAGCAGAAUGCGUAGGAAAUAAUGGAUGCAUUGGUUUUUAUCUAUCAAAUGCUACUUCUGUAGAGAAUUCAGCAGAGGUUUAUGACUUCCUUCUGCUUCCAUUCGACAGUGUUUUGUCUAACCUAACAAAGCUGGGAGAUGAGAUAAAUGUGGCUUCUGCUUUGCACUGCACUUUUAUAUGGCUUCAAACCUGGACAGAGGUUUUUGAAGAAGUAUCCAAAAUUUUAAGUUUGAAUUCAACCUUUUUUGUCAGUCUAAGAUAUGGUUUGGCAAAUGUCUCUGAACGUUUUUUAAAUACAACUCGUGCUGAAGUGUGCAAUAAGACAACUAUGCUUAUUGUUGAAGCUACAACAGCAAUGCAUCUAUUAAAAAGCAUGGUUGAAGGUGGUGAUUUAAAUGAUUGGAAAGAUUUUGAAGCUCUCCUUAGUAAUUUUCAAAGCGUAAUUAACAAUGCAGUUGAUGUCACAAGCUUGCUCGCAGGUAACAGUUCAGAGGAGGUUCUGGAAAUUAUGGGAGCUGCGAUAACUGAUUUUCAAAGGUCUGUAUUGAAGGCUGUUAAUGGAGGUGUUUUGAAUUCUUGGCUCGACGCUUUCAUCUCAGGACGAUCUGAGGGAGAGGAUAGGGAUGCAAACUUAUAUUCUAUUGGAAACGCACUUUCUACUAUUCUCAGGCUCUCCAAAAAAGAACUUGGAAUUGUUCUCAUGGAGAUAAAAGACACAAGUACUUUCUUAAGAAGUAUAUCUCAAGAUAAGUAUUUGGUUUGUAUCAGAAUUUUCCAGAAUAUUGCCAGACUAAUUUUGGAUCAUGUUCUGAAAGACAAAAGUCACUCACCGAUUAAUCUUUCUUCUCAUCUUAAUUCCCUUCUGAACUUUAGUACAUUGGGUGAAGCAGAAGAUUGUAGCAGAUGGGUGCAUAUCCUUAGUAACCUUAGUGAAAAAUACAAGUCGCUUUCCCACCUUGAAAGUGCAAAACAUACUCUAUUUCUGCUGAAAUCUCUGGGAAACAUUGAGACAGAUGCUAAGCUAAGAAGCAUGAUGGAUUUUAUUAAUUUGAUUUUUAAUUUGGUAUUCCCUGAGUGUUCCCUAUCUAGUUCUCAUAUCCUUUGUGCAAAUGUUUAUUUCAAUAUUAUAACAAAAACUUUGAAAUUCGUUCUCCCUGAAUUUUUUGGAAAAGAUGACGUCAGGGUGCUUGACUUCAUUUUUACACUUGUAAAUAACUCAGGGGGACAAAUACCAAUGCUUGUCAACAAUUUAGCGGAACACUUGCAGUAUACGUCAGAUAGGACCCAUUUUAUUCAGUCAAUCCAUGGAUCUAACAGGAAUUCAAGUGUACUCCUUAAUCCCUUUCGUCAUCUCCAACUCUUCUUAACAGAAUUCUUGGCAGAAAUUCAAACUCUCCUGGAAAAUAAAACUGAUAUCCAGCAAAACAGCUCCUCGCCUUUGAAUACUGAGUUUGAAGCUUUCUUGCAUGAGAAAAAUAUCCAUUUAUUGGUGCAGUUCUUUCAACAUAUGAUUAGUUACCUUGACUCGAAGUUGCCUCGUAAAUUGCAAGGUGAAUACAGCACAGUUCUUCAGGCACUGAUAAAAACAGCUGCUCUGAAUGUUGAACUGUUAAAGAAGGUAUUCAGAACUUUAAAAUCUUCUACCCUUAUUGAUUUUCCAAUAGGAAGUGAUAAAGAGUUCCUAAAGCAUGUAGUAGCUUUGGUGCAACAUCUGGAGAAUACAGAUGUAGAGUUCUUGAUAGGUCAAUUCAAACAGGUCCAGGGGAGUGUGGAUUAUUUAUUUAAAAAUAUCAAAUCUUUGUACAUUGAGAACUCCAAGUUAGGCAUGUUGCCAGACUGGUGGGACGCACUUGAGAACAACUUGUGUAAUUGGAAUCUGACUGGUUUCACGCAGCUGGCACAGCUGUUGCAACAGGAAGAGCUCUCUGAUGUAGCAGAGAUGUUCCAUCUUCUCCUUGAUGUCAUCAGCCUUACAGAAGGAUUAGCUCAUGGAAACAUCACGGAGGCACUAACUGAUGUAUACACUUUCAUAAUGGCUCAGGUAGCAAAAAUACCAAAGUUCACCAAGGAAGAAUUAUCUGAUCAAGUAGAAAGUCUUCUAAUGUUACUGGAGGCACUGAGUGAUAUGCCUGAUGAACCUGCAGAGGCCUCAGUUUGUUUUUCUGCAGUGUUCUGCUGGACUUUCACGACAGCAGCACCUCAGAGUGAUCCUGCUUUUAAACUUUGUGACUUUGAUGUGCACAGCAAUUUUUCUCUUGCUUACAAUGGAGUCAUUAACAUAAUUAAGCAGCUGAAACUAAUCCCUCUGGAGGACAGUUUCUCAUGCACCAAGGAAGACUUUCGGACAGAUAUCACUCGCAAUCUGACUUGCUUUUUCCAUCAGAUCAAAGAAUGGAACUCUCUUCUCUUGAAAUUUUCUGAACUCCGUCAUUUAAAUGGCUCAGUUCUCAAAGAACUGCUAGAUUUUUGGAAUGAGUUAUCCACCUAUGCUAUACCUCUGCAGGCCAAUAUUACAGACUCGAUCACAUGCUCAUCCACACUGAAGGUGGAGGCAGCUUUACAGCUUGUAGAAACACUGGAUGGUGUGACAGCGACAGAAAUGGAGGCAGCCAAAGCUAUUCUGGAACAGCUGAAUGACUUUUAUGGUGCCCUAAAUUUGAGUGGAGACACAAAAACGUCACUUAUAAAGACUGUUCUUUCUAAUUUUAAGAAUGUGACCAAUGAAAUGUCUGGAUUGCUAGAUACAGAAGCUAUCCUUUCUUUUUUCUCUGUAGUUCAGCCUUUAAUAACACUAUCACCCGUUGGAAACCAGGCUUACUCGGUGCUUAUGGCAUUAUCAGCUUUAAAUAGAAAUGGGAAUAUAUCUGACAAUUUCGAGAAUUUCUGGUUUCGUGUAGAGACUAGUAUAGAAAACUUAUUGGUGAAUUUUAAUGUUAGACAUUUACGUAUGGUGGUAGAGCAAGGGUUUCAGAUACUAAGGGUAGCUACUGGACAGUCCUCUCCAAUGGAUCUUGAUGGUUCAAUACAGCAGUUUAAUGCAUCAUCUGUUGAUGCUAUGUUAAGAAAUUUUGAAGACAUACAAGAGACUGUGGACAGCUUUCUAUGCGAGUGUAACACUAAAAAUUACUCUAAAAUAAUGCAUAUUCUGAUCUCCCUUAUGGCUAAUGAAGAGUCAUCAGAUGACUUACUGCUGGUUAUCAAAGAUAUUAUUGACUUUCUGGAACUCUUCCAAAAUGAAUCUAAAAAAGGUUACAUACCUAUGUUUUUUGAUGACGAUCUUAACAGAGAAAACAUGACUAAUACUCAUAUUGCUGACUCAGUUUUGCAGAACAGCCUCCUUCAUAUGAUUACUGAUAUUGCUAUUAUAGAAGCAGCUCUGCACUCAAACAAUACAGAGCUUCAUAUAGAUGACGUCAUUGACUCAUUUUUCGAUGGUGCACAACAUGGAAGCCAUGGAAAAGCUGCUCAUCUGUUCCAAAACAGAACUCUUGAGAUCAUGCAAGAGGUAUUGCAAAUGAUCUUUCCAUCUUCUACAGAACAUGACAGGAACAGAAUAGUCUUCUUACUAAAGUAUUUGCAUGAGGAUAUAACGGCAGAAAUGAGAGCAUCUAAGAUGUGUCAUAUUCUUCAGAAACAUUUACCCCCUGCUAAUGUCCUACUAUUGCAGAAGCUGCAGCUUACCAUUCUGAACGUUCUUAAAAUCUUUUCAGAAGAGCCAGCUAUCAUCAGCAACUUUUUCUGUGUUGUUACAAGGUGUAAAGAUGGCUUAACGAGUCACUUCCUCCUCUCUGUCAUUGAAGGAAUCAUUCUGGCUCAAGAUCAUUAUGAGGGUAUUGCAAGAACAUGGUCUGCUCUCAACAAGGGAGAUUGUCAGCAUAUGGCAUAUAUAAACCAGCAAUUUUUCAAUACUCUGGAGAGCUUCUUAAGGGCCUUACAAAAUACCACUGAUGGCAGUUGUGAAUGUCGCCUACUGUUAGAGAACAUCCAGAGACACUUACAAACGUUAGCUGAAAAUUUGGAGCCACUGUUGUCAGAAAAUCCAGUGGUAGCUUUUCUCAGCAAUUUCAAUCUUUUGAAUGGUAUGAAAGUCAAAGACUGCAUACAGAAUUCUACUAAGUUGGGGCUGGACAUUCGUUCUUCUAUCAACAUUUCUGAAGAAACUCUCAGGACUGUUUUGGAAGCCAGUAUCUCUCAUUCAAAGCUUUUUUACAGUGCCUUUGCCGCAGCUUUAGCUGGAAGAUGUGAUGAAGAAGUAUUUAGCCUGUUGCUAACAUUACCUGAAAACAGCAAAACUUCCCUAGUGGUAGAGGAAUUAUGUUCUUUACCAGCACUGGACUUGUAUGCCAUGUUUGUAUUGAUUAUACAGAAUUUGAACUUGCGUCAUAUCAUUUACAAGGUUAAGAUACCAUCUGAGAUAGGCAGCUUACUGAACAUGUUACUGGAUGUGGUUUCUAGUAUCAGCUCUCUUCUCAGUAAAGCCCAGCAUGUCAUGGAAAACCUUCCAGUGUUCCUCCAAGCUGUUAAAAAUAUUGGUGUGCUUGACAUCUCUGCAUUGCAGCAGUUCUUACAAGGUGGGCAGUUCAGACGUUCAGCUGUUGGAUCCCUGGAGUCUGUAAUCAAGGCAGUGUGUAAAGAAGAAUCUUCAUUUUUCAGCAACGCAAAUAUGUUCAUUGACAUGCCCAGGAUCACAGAGCUCUUGGAAGAAAAUAUGGCAAAAUAUGGCAUUCCUGAAGACUCAACUCCAUUUUGCUUGAAGCUUUAUCAGGAGAUUUUACAGUCUUCUAAUGGGGCGUUAGUAUGGACUUUCCUGAAACCUUUAUUACAUGGGAAGAUACUGUACAAUUCAAACAUCAACAUGAUUGACCUGGUGAUAGAGAAGGCCAAUUUCACUUUUGCGUUUGUGGAAAACUUGAAGACUUAUUCUCAGAUGUGGCUUAGGAUGUCUGAGGUUUUUAAAAACAAUGGAAAAGGCCUCAUGGUCUCUCGGCUACAGGAAGCACUGCAGAACAAUUUCAUAAAACGUUUUGUAGAAAGUCACUUGAAUAUUGACAUGGGAAAGCUCAUUGAGAAGAUGCAAGUAUAUGAAACUACAAUGGACAAGAUGCUCAACAGCUCAGCAACUAAACAGAUUGACCUGUUGUCACAGUUCUUAGUAAAUAUCUCUUCCUGUGUAUUACUGGAUCGUUUCCAGCCUUUUGAAUCUGUUGAGAAAUUGGAGGAGAAGGCUCAUGAACUCAUGCAGCAAAAUAAUUUUUUGGCUAGUAUCAUCUUCAACGUGCCGAACAAGACACAAGAUUCUAGAAAUCUUCCACGACACAUUUCAUAUACAAUUCGAACUAGUGUUCUCUAUAGCAUGAGAACAGACUUGAUAAAAAACCCAACGUGGAAAUCUCAUCCCCAGAACUUGCCGGCUGAUGGGUUUAAAUACAACCAUUUAUUUGUUCCUCUACAAGACAUGAUUGAAAAGGCGAUUAUUUUGGUACACACUGGGAUGGAUACCUCAGAGCCAGCAAUUCAGGUGCAAGCCAUGCCUUAUCCUUGUCAUACCAGUGAUCUAUUCUUGAACAACAUAGGAUUUUUUUUUCCACUUAUGAUGAUGUUAACAUGGAUGGUUUCCGUGGCCGGCAUGGUUCGCAAGUUGGUUUAUGAAAGAGAAAUUCACCUUGAAGAGUAUAUGAAGACAAUGGGUGUACAUCCAGCCAUUCAUUUCUUUGCUUGGUUUCUGGAGAAUGUCAUUGUGCUCACAAUAAGCAGCUGUGCUCUAGUCAUCAUUUUAAAAGCGAGUGGUAUCUUUGCUUACAGCAAUAGCUUCCUCAUCUUCCUUUUCCUUCUGGAUUUUGGAGUAGCAGUUAUUAUGUUUAGCUAUCUGUUGGGAGCGUUUUUUCGCAGUGCCAAUACAGCAGCUCUGUGCGCCAGCCUUGUCUAUAUGAUCAGUUUUUUACCCUACAUAGUUUUGUUGGUCCUGCAAAACCAGUUGAGUUUUACCAACCAGAUUGUUACAUGUCUUCUGUCUACAACUGCCUUUGGGCAAGGAAUAUUUUUCAUUACAUUCUUUGAGGGCCAAGAAAUAGGAAUUCAGUGGAAUAACAUGUACCAGCCAAUAGCACGAGGAGGAUACAUGACCUUUGGAUGGACGUGCUGGAUGAUGUUCUUUGACUCCAUUAUGUAUACUGUAGGUGGCUGGUAUUUCAGCAAUAUUAUUCCUGGUAAAUUUGGAUUAAGGAACCAAUGGUAUUUUCCUUUUACCAUUUCCUACUGGAAGAGCUUGUGUGGAAGGAAACAUUAUCUGAAUUCUAAUAUGUUUUUCUUCAAUGAAAACUUCCAAGAAAAAGACCCAGCACCUCCAGGUUGGAAAGGUGAUAGUACAGAAGGAGCCGCCGUUGGUGUUGUGCUGUUGUCGCUCACCAAGGAGCAUGCAGAUGGCCAGCAGGCUGCUGUGAAAGAUCUCAGCCUCGCUUUCCAUCAGGGUCAAAUAACUGCGCUCUUGGGACCUAACGGAGCUGGCAAGACAACAGUUAUUUCACUGUUGACUGGCCUGUAUCCACCCAGCUCUGGUACCAUUAUCAUCAAUGGAAAGGACAUACGUACUGAUCUGGCUGCCAUCAGGACAGAGCUGGGUGUUUGUCCCCAGUACGAUGUUCUGUUUGACACGCUGACUGUGCGAGAACAUCUGCUGCUGUAUGGAUCAGUGAAGGCACCUGUCUGGACAAAAAAACAGUUGACUCAGCAUGUCAGUGUAGCUCUGGAAGAUGUGGAUUUAUCCCAACAUCAGUACAAACCUGUUGGAGCCCUUUCCGGGGGAAUGAAGAGGAGGCUGUCAAUUGCCAUUUCCUUUAUUGGAAACUCCAAGACAGUUGUUCUAGAUGAGCCCACCAGUGGAGUAGAUCCAUGCUCUCGCCGUAGCAUCUGGGACAUUAUUCUGAAGUACAAAGCUGGUUGCACACUGAUCUUCACCACUCACCAUCUUGAUGAGGCAGAGGUGCUCAGCGAUCGCAUUGCCAUCCUGCAGCGUGGCCAGCUGAGGUGCUGUGGUUCUCCCUCUUAUCUGAGAGAAACAUAUGGCCAGGGACACAGCCUAACACUCAUAAAAAAGCCCUCUGUGUUUGAAAUCCAAGAUCCUAAGCAUAUUGUUCAGGUUACAUCUUUGGUACAGACCCACAUCCCAGAAGCCUUUCUGAAAGAGAACAAUGGGACUGAACUGACCUAUAUGAUCCCAGAAAGGGUAGAUAAGACCUCCUUUAAAGGUCUCUUUCAUGCUUUAGAUGAAAACCUUCAUCAUCUACAUGUGACUGGCUAUGGCAUUUCUGACACCACUUUGGAAGAGGUAUUUCUGAAGCUACUGCAAGACUCGGAAAAGAUGCCUUGUGUUCCACAGGCAGCACACCUGGACCAUGCAGAUGGUGUUGAAUCAGCCUCUAGUAAAGCUAAAAGGCUUCUCUUCAAGCAGUUGACUGAGGGCACUGUGAAGUACUCUUCUCACUUAGAGGUUCAGAUUGUUGCUCUUCUGAUGAAGAAGUUUCACCACUCUAGGCGAGACUGGAGAGGGAGUCUGUCAAACGUUCUGCUGCCUGUUCUCUUUGUUGCAAUGGCAAUGGCCUUGUUUAGUGUGAAGCCACUGGCUAUUGAUUAUCCUUCUCUCAAGCUGACACCAGGACUUUAUGAGAACACGGAAUCCUUUUUUAGUGCUGAAGAUGAUAGCCUAGGAGACCUUUCUCACAUUCUGCUGAGACAUUUCUCUGAUGUGGACCACGCAUGCAUGCGUUCAAAACAAGGGAAAAAUAAUUCAUGUUGGCAGAUGGAAUCUACUUCACACCAAUAUUCAUGUGGAUGUGUGGCUGAACAGGAGAUGUGUCCAAGUUUCAAUAUCUCUGCUCCCUAUGUGAAGAAUAAGAAAGGGCAUAUUCUGUAUAAUCUUUCAGGGUUCCGUGUGGAAGAAUAUUUAGUCAGACCUUCCAACAGACCAAGAUAUGGUGGCUGGUCUUUUGGAGAGAAGAAAGCCUUUGAACUUCAAGAUCUAAAAUUGAAUAAUACCAAAUACAAGCCUCUGGCCAAGGUGUGGUACAACCAAAAGGGUUUCCAUUCACUGCCAUCCUACUUAAAUGAACUAAAUAACUUUAUUCUGUGGCUGAAUUUGCCUCCUACUGCGGACUGGAGACAGUAUGGGAUCACACUUUAUAGCCAACCAUAUGGAGGAGCCUUCCUGGAUGAGGACAAAAUAAUGGAGAAUGUUCGUCAGUGUGGGGUAGCACUCUGUAUCAUGUUGGGUUUCUCUAUCCUUACUGCAUCCAUUGGAAGUGCAAUAGUGAAAGAUAGAGUGUCUGGCACAAAACGCUUGCAGCACAUCACCGGCCUUGGAUACAAAGCUUAUUGGCAUGCAAACUUCUUCUGUGAUAUGCUGUUUUACAUGGUCCCAGUCACCCUGUGUGUUGGCGUUAUUACCGCCUUCCAGCUAUCAGCCUUCACUUUCCGAGAGAACUUGGCAGCCACUGUUCUCCUGCUGAUACUCUUUGGAUACGCAACUUUACCGUGGAUGUAUCUUGUAUCCAGAUUCUUCUCAAGUUCAGAUGUAGCUUUUAUUUCUUACAUCUCCUUAAAUUUUGUGUUCGGCCUUUGCACCAUGCUGGUGACUCUCUUACCUCGUUUGUUAGCUAUAAUUUCUAAAGUGCAGAGUUUUCAGAACAUCUACGAAAUCCUCAAAUGGGCGUUUAUAAUAUUCCCGCAAUUCUGCUUAGGGCAAGGUUUGAUAGAACUUUCGUACAAUCAGAUCAAGUUUGACCUGACCAGCAGCUUUGGAAUAGAUUCUUAUGUGAGCCCUUUUGAGAUGAACUUCCUUGGGUGGAUUUUUGUGGAAAUGGCCCUACAAGGAACAGUUCUUCUUCUUUUACGGAUUUUUCUUCACUGGGAUCUCCUUCGGAAAACAAGGGGUCAGUGUUCAGUUAGCAGCAUGGUCAACACUUCAGAAGAUACUGAUGUAGAAAUGGAGCGACAACGACUCUUUGGUGGAAGAACUAGUAAUGAUAUCCUCCUUCUGUACAACCUCAGGAAGUGUUAUGGAGGUUUCAGUAAGAAGAACGCAGCUGUGGAAAACAUAAGCUUGGGAAUACCUAGGGGAGAGUGCUUUGGACUCCUGGGAACAAAUGGAGCUGGGAAAAGCACAACAUUUAAGAUGCUGACUGGAGAUAUCAUCCCAUCUGCAGGGCGUGCUGUUAUCAGGACUCCUACAGGGUCUGAAAUGGAUAUACUGUCUGCCAGCUCUGAAGGCGUUCUCAUUGGCUAUUGCCCACAGCAAGAUGCCCUGGAUGAACUUCUAACUGGCUGGGAGCAUCUUCAUUAUUACUGCACCUUGCGUGGAAUUCCAAAACAACAUAUCCAUAAGGUAGCAGGGGACCUUGUUAACCGGUUACAGCUCAAUGCCCAUGUUGACAAACUGGUGAGGACAUACAGUUGUGGCACAAAGAGGAAGCUCUCUACUGCUGUGGCUUUAGUUGGCAAACCCCAAAUACUUUUACUGGAUGAGCCCAGUUCUGGGAUGGAUCCCUGCUCUAAACGCUACCUUUGGAAAACCAUCCUGAAGGAAGUUCAGGAUGGCUGUGCAGCUGUGCUCACAUCCCACAGUAUGGAAGAAUGUGAAGCUCUCUGCACACGGCUUGCUAUUAUGGUCAAUGGAAGUUUCAAGUGUCUUGGUUCUCCUCAGCACAUUAAAAACAGAUUUGGAGAUGGCUAUUCUGUCAAGGUUUGGCUUAGCAAAGAAAUAAACGAUCAGAGGGUCAUUUUGGACUGUCUACAACUGCAUUUUCCUGGAACACAUUUUAAGGGACAGCGUCUUAAUCUGCUUGAGUACCAUGUACCACGAAGUCAGGGAUGCUUAGCAGAGCUCUUCAGAGUCCUAGAGAAUCACAAAGCUUUCCUCCAAAUCAAGCACUACUCCAUCAGCCAAACCACUUUAGAGCAGGUAUUUAUUAAUUUUGCUACACAACAGCAAGAAGUCUUGCAUUCUGCACAAGAAUCUCCCACCGUUCUUCAUGACCACCUGCCAGUCUAGGCUGAGGAAAAGGAUAUAGAACAGCUACAUAUACGUGUGUGUGUAUGUUUAUGUACAUAUAGGUACAUUUUACAUGUAGUCUUUUCAGCUGUUAACAGCUGGUCUGUAAGAAGCAAAAAGAGGUAAAAUGAGUGGAGCAGAGGAGAAUUUGCA